AUGGAUAUUGAAGAAGCCAAAAAAUUUGCAAGAGAUAAAAUUGAAGCUGAUGCUUUGACUCGACAGGUGAGAGAUGUCAUAAAAAUAACAAAAUGGCAAAAACAAGAUGUUCGGGAAGGAUUUAAAGAAACAUUUAAACCACUUAUUAAAUCUCAAGAUAGUAUUAAAAAAAGUAUUGAUGAGCAGCAAAACGCAACUAUAGCACAACUUAAAGCUAAUCAACUUGCAUUAACAUCAGGAUUGGAAAAAAUUAAUGAAACUAAUUUAAGAUUGGCUGAAAUGAGAGAAUUACCAGCUUUGGAAGGUGAUUAUAAAGAACCAACAACAUCUAAACCAAAAUCACCUACACGUUAUAACAUUGAAAAAAAUCUUGACAAUGUUGAUUUAGAAAUAUUAAAAAUGAUGGAAUAUCCAAGGCCAAAUGAUUUUUUUGAUACUAACCCUGAAAGACUUAGAGAAAUACUUGAUGAAGUAAAAAAUGAUGUAAAAGUUUUUACAGGAGAAAUAGUUGGUUUGAAUAGAAAAAAACAUAAAACAGAAGAAGAUAAAGAAGAAAUAGAAAGGAUUAAAAUGCAAAAAGAUUUUCUACAUAAAUACAAAAACAUUCUUAAACUUUAUUUAGGUUCACUUGAGUAUCAAAUGGGAGAAGGAAUGAUUUACUUUAACAACCCACAUCAACUUCUAGACAGACUUGAAUUACUCGGUGGUUCAAUUCUUGCUGGUAAUAAUGGUGUAAUACCUGAGUUUUCUCAAAUAGCACAUCUUCUCAACCAAAUGAAAGUGAUCUCAAAAAAACAACUAAAUGAUUUACUAAAA